UACUUAAUAACGCAUCCACGCCAUCUUUAUUUCGUCUACAAGCCUAGAUUAGGUACACAACAUGCUUCCUCUGUGAGGGAAUCACCAAGCCCGCCGGCGGCAGAUGCACUACACCGCUCUCUACGCAUAAUAAAACUGUUUUUCCCCUUUCGAAAUUCUAAGAUAUCUCCUCUCGUCAACAACAUUCUACGCACUCUGAUCUGCCAUCACUAACAACCACCACAACCAUCAUCAUUAUCAUCAUCAUCACCAUGGCAGAUUCGAAUGUGAAUAGACCCUCUCGCUCGGAGCAGUCCAGCGCUAACGCACGUGACGCCCCGCAGGCAUCUUCGAAGCCUUCGAAGAUCGACCAAUCCCUGGACGAGAUUAUCGCAUCUCGAAAGGGAGGUCAGAUCUCCGCCGUGCAGAAGAAGAAGAAGAACAACGAGAUCGAAGGCGCCGUAGAUGGCGUCGUCGUGCAGAAGAAGCGUGCCGUCCAAGCUCUUGAUAACGCCGCCGCGAGCGGUUUUUCCGGACGCUUGGUGGUAGCUACGGAUAAUGAAGUCGAGCGCCAUUUUAAACGUGGCCGCCUCGUCGACAUGACCGACCUUAACCCCAACCCGGCCCUAAACUUCGCGACAACCGGACAUGACUACCUGACAGCCAAAAUUUCGGAAGGAGAAGUCAUGGAGAAGCAGCUGAUACCCACAUGGAAGCAGCAGAACGGCGGUCAUAUUCCGCCGACUUUGGUUAAUUUCACUCGUAUCCGCAAGUGUUCCUACUACCAGAACAUCAUACAAGACGAUGCAGGUGAGGAGGACGGAGUGCAGGUGGAGGAGGAAGAUCAUCCUGACCCGAUGCCCCGGCCCCGUAGACGAGGACGGCCUCGUCUCCGGUUGUGUGCUUCACAACACGAAGCAACACAGCUGUGACGAAUGCUACAUGCUGCAGACUCUUUCGAUUGGCGUUCACUUUCAACUCCUAGUUGAGGGUCGCUCAGGUCUCCCUCCCAUCCGCUCUCAGGAGUCUAACUGGGUGCACCUAGCAACCCACUUCCAGGACAGACGUCUAGAGGCGUACCCGCUGACGCGAUCCUUCAGCUCAAAGCUUUCGGAGGAGGCUAUCGCCUCCUACGACUUUAGCGAAGGCGCGUCAGUCUUUCAACUGGGAUCGGAUCCCCUCACCUGCUCCUUCGACGCCAUGAUCAAGAACUACGAGCGGCUUCAGAAGACCGAGUCUCCAUCCGAGACGGUCGAGGUCGAGCAGGGGCAGGCUGAGGAGGAACAUCCUCGAAAUGAUACGCCUAUGGUGGAUUAUGCCGACGGCUAUAAUAGCGAUGUCGACUUCGGGGAAGAUUCCGAAGAAAUCGUCCAGCACUUACCGUAGAAGAUGCGGUAUUGUUGGGUUGGGAGUUCCGGUUAGGUUGCUUUGCUUUGCUGUAAUUAAUAAUGAUGAAUUGAAUUCAAAGUCGGGCAGCCCCCCGUCACUGUUAGAGUUUA